AUGUCAGUACCUGACCCCGAUGAAAUUAUGGAUACUCAUGCUGUCGAAGAACCGGCUGAUGAAAACGGUUUUGAAGCUGGCAAUGCGAAUGAGAUUGACGAUGACUUUGCAGGAAUUAGCGAGACAUUACCGGUUGCGUCGCAUCAGGAAAAUGACGCUGCUCCAUUUAACCCGUCAGUACAAGUAGUUAACAGCGCUCCUGUAGACCUGGACAGUAUUGCUUCUACGUACGAAGGUUACGGUUUGAUAAAUAGAUUGUUUUUUAUUGCUGAUAUGUGUCCUCCCAUGAAGAUGGAAGCUUUAGCAAUGGUGCUCGAUUAUAUUGUGCAGAACACUUCUGAUGUCUCUUCGUACGCUUUGGUUUUUAAAAAGCUAGAAGACAAUCGAGCAAGCGGGUUUUCUUCCGAAGAACAUGGUAAUAGUGACGAACUAACUAGAGCCCCAGGUCCUGUAGAUCGAGACUCUGGCUUUGGAAGCGGAUCUCAAAGCGUUUCAACUUUACAGCGUGAUGCACAGUGGAUAGAGACAACUACUGCUAAAGCAAAUACUCGAUUUGACGCUCUAUUUUCUGAGUUUAAAAGACAGAAGGAAGAGGGAGUUAAGGAAUCGACACGACGAGCGAUGGACGAACUUUUCCAGCACCAAGUUCACAUGGGACGUUUACAAGAUGCUAUGAAACUGUUCAGUACUGGUGUCCGCGAAUACUGUUCCAAUCCAAAACAUGUCAUUCAGAUGUUACUGAGUUGGAUUGAAGUAAGCAUUUAUCAGAAUCAGUGGCAUCGCGUUGACCCGUUGCUGGCUCAGAUUGAAAGAUCAAUAACGGAAGCGCAGGAAUCAGAGGCUACGACUAACACUUCAGCUAGGGCAAGCCGAUAUCCUGCGGGCGUACCACAGACAGCAACGAAAAAUAUGAAGGAAUUUAUUGAUGGAGCAAAAGCAAAAGUCGCUGCUAUCUUUGCGUUAUAUCGGCUUUACAUGAAGAGUUAUAAAUUAGUUGCAGAAAAGUGCUUAACGAUUGAUCUGAGCUACUUUAAUUAUCCUAAACUUAUUUCGGCUAAGGAUAUAGCUGUUUAUGGUACACUUUGCGCCCUGGCAACUUUUGAUCGGGCGGACCUCAAGUCGAAAGUUUUGGGUAGUUCUCUCUUUAGAAAGUUUUUGGAUUCCGAACCGAAAUUAAUUGAACUUCUACAGAAAUUCGUACGUGGUGCUUUUGGUCCAUGCCUAGAUAUCAUGGGAGAGAUUCGUGAUCAAUUGUUAUUGAAUUUGUAUCUUUCACCUCAUUUGAAAACAAUUUAUCGUUUAAUCAGGCGGCGUGCUAUUGUGCAGUAUUUUAUCCCUUUUGCUGCUGCAGACAUUCGGAAAAUGGCAUCUGUAUUCCGAGUUACUAUUGACGAGCUAGAAGACGAAUUAGUUGAACUUAUUGAGAGUGGGGCCAUCUCGGCUCGAAUCGACUCAUACAACAAGGUUUUGUAUGCCAAACGGGGUAAUAGGAGGGCCGAUGUUUAUCGAAAAGCUUUGAAACUAGAUCGGAUUCUGUCAGAAUAUGCCAACGGUACUGUCUUGCAUGCUGCUUUACACGAAGCACAAAUCUGUGUUGGACAGUCUGAUUCUGUAACCAAAGGACCAAGGCGGCGUCCAGCUCAGGGGGGAUGUGAUGAUCUUGGGUUUGGGAAAUGUUCUGCAGUUUAUGGGGCAAGGAGUAUCUUAUCACGGAUCCUUGGCAGUGUAAGAACAGGUCCAAAUGCUUCUCUUCAAGCCCCGCUGCAGUCUGCUGAGGCGGAUAGUUCAAAUGAAAAAGGAAUGACAAGUGCGGUAAAAAUGGCAAAGGUGUCAGCAGCUUCUGAUGACGUGGAUGUAGAAAACGCUAGUUCUUUGCCACCAAUGAAUGUAGUAGAGGAUGUGCUUAUGGCUUCGAACAACGAGAAAUCUGAAGAUCAACAGCCUCCUCCUGUACCUUUCUCUAAGCAGUCGACCUCUGCUAAGGAUCAGUCAGAACACCAAAGGUGA